AUGCCGGGGCAGGACGCCCUGGCACAGCACAGGCCCGCCCCGGCCCCACCUCGCCCGACGCCCCGGCGGGGCGGCACCGCCGGCCGAGCGCGGCCUGGGGCGGCGGCGCGAGCCGCUCCCGCUGCCUCCUCACCUGGUGGACGCCCGCUGCGCCAGCGGCAGGUCGCGGCACAUCCCGCGGAGGGCGGGCGGAGGGAGGGCGGCCCGAGCCCGGUGCGCGGCCCGUCAGCGGCCGCUCAGCGCCGCCAUUACCGGCCCGCAACUGACACGGAGCGGCGGCGGCGGCGGCUAAUCGGAAACUCUCGCGAGAACCGGCCCACCGCCGACCUUCCCAGCAUGGCGCCGUCCCGCCGGGCCCCCUCGGCGCCGGCCGCCAUCUUGGGUGCGGCGCGGCCGCCCUUCCCUCCCUCAGCCGCGGGAGAGCCCCGUUCUCCGAGCUCUGGGUGUUGGUGCAAGGCCAGGACGUGGCAAUGCUAAUUGAACCCAGCGCUGAUGUUGGCGUUCCUGAAGCGGCUCCAGCCGAAAUUAGGGCACCGCUUUUUAGUCAUUUGUGUUCAUAGCUAAGUCAUCUUUAGAAAAAUAAUUCAAUUUUUUUUUCUUUUUUGCAAAUGACAGCGUCUCCAAUUACACUCUCCCGAAUUUAAAUUUGAAUAAACAUUUGCGCAGAACUUCAGAGA